AUGGUGACGUCGAAUCAAUGGUCGUCCUGCGACGGUCGACCUGGCAGCCACGCGGUCGAGACACACGGCUUUAGCACUCGCACCAAAUACAAAAAACACACCGACUGGAUCACUCGUGUCAAGUGGGUCCACGACAUGCGCGCGAUCGUUGCGACGUCGCUCGACACCAACAUUUCGAUCAUUGACAUUGAGCGCAUGGUGCCCAAGUUUGAGUUUACACGCCACAAAAAAGGCGUCUUUGACCUCGUUUGGUCGUCGAGCUCUCGCUUCAUUGCCAGCUGUGGUAUGGAGCGAGACAUUUCGAUAUGGAACCCGUACUCGUCGCAGCGAGCCUCCGCAACCCUCAAGGGGCACAUGGCGUCGGUGUUGCACCUUGCGGUCGACGACGACAAUUUUCAGAUCAUUUCGGUCUCGUCCGACAAUGUCUUCAAAGUGUGGGACAUUCGCAACCACCGGUGUCUCCAGAGCUUUGUAGACCGCAACAAGUCCACGGGCGGCGCGGACAACCGUAUUUCAGCGCUGCUUUUUGACCGCAAAUCGCCGGGCUUGAUCAGCGCGACGACCCACCUCGCGCGCUGGCCGCUGCGCUUCAUGUCGUCCGAAGAAGCUGAAGCGAACCAGAAAAAGAACAUGUGCAUCGCGUGCUACAACGCCGUUUUCAACCAAGUGCUCACGGCCGAAAUGAGCGACGACGGCGUCGUGCGCACGUGGAGUGCCGAGACGGGCGAAGAGAUCAGUACGUUUAGCAACGCGCACGGCGCGAGUCCAAUCACGGCCAUGACGUUCGAUUGCGCGGGCCGGCGGCUCAUCACUGGCAGCCACGACGGCGCACAAAUCAACAUGUGGAACUUUAGCAACGGCGCGCUCGUCAAGCAGUUUCUCAAACAAGAAAAGGCGGUGCUCGACUCGGAGGCCUUCCGUGAACCACUCGUGCGGCCGCCUCACAUUCGCGACAUUGCAAUGCUACCCGACCGCUUUGACGCAGCGAGUGCGGCGAGCCCGCGCUUGCCGAGCCCCGUCAAGCGUCCGCUGCACCCACAGUUUGAUGACGAGAUGAGCGCCAACGCGCAAUUGACGCCGCGCAAGGCGCAUGGUCAGUACCAGCAGAGCGAAGUGACGUGUAUCUUGGACAUUGAGCGCAACGUGCGCGUCGGCAUGGGUGAGUACAUGUGCCAGCGCUUCGUGUGCUCUGUCGGGUGGGACCGCAAGAUCUACGUCUGGCUCGACGACAACGACGAGGACGAGCCGCUUCCGAUGUGGAUCCUUCCGAGCGACGACGCCGACGACACCAAGCGACACACGGACGACAUUCUCUGCGUCGUGUACAUCCCGCCGGGCUUGCUCGCGACGGCAGGUCUCGACGGCAAGAUUCUGCUUUGGAAUCUCAACUCGGGCGACUUUGUGACGCAGUUGCAUCAGAGCACGGGCAGCAUCGAGGCGAUGGUCUACUGCAACAAGCUCGAGCUCAUCCUCGCGGGUGGCGAAGAUGGACGACUCCUUUUCAUCGACCGCGUUGCCGGCCAAAAGAACGACGUACAAAAGCGUGCUGUGGCCCUCAACCACCCGAAUGGCGAGGCCAUCGUCGUGAUUGCGUGUGACCGGUGCGGCGACAACGUCAUCACCGGCGAUGCGGCCGGCUACAUCAAGAUCUGGAGUCUUAGUGUGGCGUGCGCCGAGAAGGGACUGCAUUUUGACUACAUGGGGCACUGGCGCGUGGCCGCGGGGCGUAUUCUCAGCCUCGACUUUAUCGAAAACACGCGGCAGAUUGACAUGUUUAUCCUCGUGGCCUGUGCGACGGCAGAAGUGAGUCUUUGGACGCUCGAUGGUGUCCAGGUCGGAAUCUUUGGGAAACACAAGCUGUGGCACCUCGGGCGACCGGCCACGUAUGGCUCGUCGACACCGCAGAUCAUCCAUGCAAAACACUCGCACACCAAGCAGUUCAUUCCUAGCCGGUCGAUCGCAUCGGCGAUGAGCGCACGGCAGCACGUCGAAUCGCAGUUCUCGGACGACUCGAUGCCCAAGCCCGGCGAAGUCUGGUUCUGCCGGACCAGCCACCACAAGGCCACGUCCUCAGCGGUGAGCAAGGGCGAGAUCCUGGCAUGGGACGGCAUCUCGCAGCUCACGCCCAAGCAAACGACUUUGAAGCUCGAGGACUUUAUUCGGAGCAACGCGUGGUCCAAGGACGCGAUGCUCUCGCAGUGCGUCGGGCGCAUCUUUAUGUACAAAUGCCCGUCGAUGUACGAAAUGCGCCAUGGGCAAGAAGGCGCGUUCGCAUUUGUCGACACCGAGGGCCUCAAGCACCGGACACAGUCGCUCGACACGUCCGUGGCGACCAGCUCCAAGCUUCGGACUUUGGCGCGUACCGUUAUUUCGGCCUCGAACCGCCUCAACAUGCGCAACCUCGGCGCGCUCCAGCGCGCUACGGUAAGCUUGCGCCAGGUUGAGCCAGAAAUGGCACCAACGAAAGACGUGGCCGAAACCUCGAGCCGCGGCAGCGACCGUGCGCUGCUAUCGAAAGAAGCCAUCUUGUCGCGACCGACGUACGUGUGCUCGACGCUACCGGCGCUGCAGCCGCGCGAGAAGCAUCCCAUGGGCGGCGUCCUCCCCAAACGUUCGACCCUGCGCACCAAGCAUGACCCAAGUGCAGACUUUCGACGCGUGCACGACCCGCACCCGAUCCCAAAGACGGCCAAGGAGGUCAUCGAGCGCAGCCGAACGCUGGCGCUCGUGCCGUCGCCACCGUCGACCAAGGCGCCACGUUUUCAUCGCUCAUAA